CCGAGAGGUAAAGCUUGGUCCUUCAAAGUGUUAAAGCAGGACUGGUGGUCCAAUAUCUUUUUGAUUCUCUAGUGCUACCUCUUAUAACCUCCAUAGGAGUGAAGUGGUGGAGAAGCACAAGAAGUAUAGACCGCUGGCUGCUGCUGGCUUGCAGACACCAACCGAGCGCACUUUCCACUAAGACUGUCAUCGUUCAGAUCAAAUCGAAUAACACCCUCGGUCUAAGCCAUACUUGCGACGCAUUUUAUUUGUAGCAGGAGCUUGUGCGCGGGCAUCCCUAGCAAGCUACCAACGACCUCGAAUUUUGAUGACAGUCUUCCAAUCAGAUUGACCUUUCAGCUGAAGUAGAGUUCACCGCUCCUUGACCCGCUGCUCUUAUCACUUAUUGCGCUGGACGUGGACCAGAAUUGUUGGCCUUGAGCUCUUCGGUUCCUGUUCGACAGCAAGUUGCAGCUUUCGUAGAGUUCGCCCCUCUCCUUAAGAUGGCAGGCGUCCAUCAGCAGACGGGAGGACCGUAUGAAACAGAUACCAGUAAUAUUAAGAUCGGAGGGGGCAGCGCGGCACGAACUGAGGACAGGGACUAUAUCGAACCAGAGCCACAUCAUCUGUGGACUGUCGAUGAAUUUUAUAUAUGGUCGCUCUAUAGAGCUGCCAUCGCUGAGUUUAUUGCCACUCUCCUCUUCGUGUACAUUGGCGUUUCUGCUGCUAUUGGAAAUGGCCGUACCAGCCCCGAUGGAGUCGGAGCUCUCGGUGUUGCAUGGUCUUUCGGAGCCACCAUAUUUGUGCUCGUCUACUGCACAGCUGGUGUUUCAGGAGGACACAUUAACCCCGCAGUUACUUUGGGACUACUUCUGGGUAGAAAGCUUUCGGUUCCUCGGGCUUUCAUCUACAUGAUUGCUCAGAUGGCGGGGGGUAUCUGUGGAGCAGGAAUUGUUAAGGGAUUGCAGAAAAGUCCAUUCCAGGUGUUGGGCGGUGCAACGAACACCGUCAGUGCAGACUUCAGCAUCGGCACAGGUCUGGCAGCAGAAAUCAUCGGAACUUUCUUCCUGGUUUAUGUGGUCUACUCUGCCACUGAUGCUAAGCGCAAGGCCAGGGACUCGCAUGUUCCGUCAUUGUCCAUGACCGACGGCGGCCGAUCGAGAUGUGGAAAGUGAAAUGGGUGAUGGUGAGAGCCUGAACUGUGUGAUCGAAGUCUUGAGUCCUUGAAUCUAUUGUGAGGGCAAACUGUUCCUGGUUCAGUCUUCAGAUCAAGGUAGCAGUAGCCGGAUUGCACAGAGGGCGUGGAAAGCGAUCUGACCACCUGACGCGCUCGCAAGGCACUGCGAAGGACCUAGUGGAGCUUAUGAUAAAAGGCUUGUAGAACUGUGUGAAUGGCCAAAGGUCGAAGUUUAUGUACGUCACUGGAGUCCCGAGUUUAAUUCGAGAGGCAUCGCGUGAUCAUCCUAUAGCACAUGAUGUCACCCCGCCAGCGGAUAAGACUUUCUCUGAAACGAGUGCACAAAGUCAUCAAUCUUUCGUGUCUGAGGACGGUUCGGCGGGUUCCACCGAUCCUCAUCAUUCUCCGGAAGCUUACGAAAUUCGAACAAGUGUAAUAUAAUUAUCUAUCAA